AUGGCCAAAUUCACGGUCCCUGAAUUGAAGGGCGACGAAAACUUCGUUGCCUGGAAAGCAGCCAUUCGCAACAGCCUCGGCGCCGCAGGCCUGAUCGUACACAUCGAACCGAUUACACCGAAAGGCGCCACCCCGGUACCAACGGCAGGCAUGCUCCCUCAGCCUACAACACCCUCAACAACCUCUGCAGAGUCCUCCACAGCAGGCUCUCUCGCCACCCCGGCAUUCGCCCUCGACUCACCAGAAUACCUGGCCUGGUAUACAGGCCGCUGCAAAGCUGUAGGAAUCAUCAUGGCCACCCUCACCGAUCCUACAGUGGUUCAGACCCUUCGUCGUCUGUCGCACAAUACCAGCAUAGGCAAGCUCUCACGCCGUGAACUUCUACGCGAGAUAUCUUCCCCACGACGUGAGAACUUUGAUAGCAUGUUCAGCCUAAUCAACAAGCUACAGCUCCUCAAAGACCAAAUUCAAGCCACAGGCAUCGACAUCAGCGACGACCAUGCCCUCCAGAAUGCCCUCAGUUCCGUUGAAGAUGCAUACCCUAACGAACUGCUGCUGUGGCCCAGAUAG